GAGGCCAUGGAUAGUUACCUGUAUUCAGCCUACACCCCCUACUCCUAUCGCUACCAGCCGCCCAAGAGCAAAGGGCCCCCGGGCGCCUGGCGGCAGCGGGGCACCUACUUCUCGAGCUAUGGGGACACAGCGGCGGCGGCCGCGGCCGAGUACUUCGAUAACUACCAGCGGGCGCAGCUGAAGGCGAUCCUGUCCCAGGUGAACCCCAGCCUGACGCCGCGGCUCCGCAAGGCCAACACCAAGGAGGUAGGGGUGCAGGUGAACCCGCGGCAGGACGCCUCGGUGCAGUGCUCGCUGGGGCCCCGCACCCUGCUGCUGCGGCGGCGGCCGGCCCCUGGGCUGCCCUCGCUGCGGCCCCGCGAGCAGGAGCAGGGCAGCCCCGCCACCGCCAGCGGCCGGCCCGUGCGCUUCCCCAGGACCAUCGCUGUGUACUCGCCCAUGGCGUCCCGCAGACUCACCACCUUCCUGGAGGAGCCCGAGGACCCGGGGCAGGAGGCGGCCGAGGAGGAGCCGGAGGAGGCGGCCGCCGCGGAAGAGCAGCAGCAGAGCACUGAGGCGGCCGCCCAGCAGGAGGUGGUGGUAGAGGAGGAGGAGGCGGCAGCUCCGGGGCAGGGCAAGACCCGCCUGCGCUUCCAGUUUCUGGAGCAGAAGUACGGCUACUACCACUGCAAGGACUGCAACAUCCGUUGGGAGAGCGCCUACGUGUGGUGUGUGCAGGGCACCAACAAGGUCUACUUCAGGCAGUUCUGCCGGACAUGUCAGAAAUCCUAUAACCCCUACCGCGUGGAGGACAUCACCUGCCAGAGCUGUAAGCAGACCAGAUGCACCUGCCCUGUGAAAGUGCGCCAUGUGGACCCCAAGAGACCCCAUCGUCAAGAUCUCUGUGGGAGAUGCAAAGGCAAACGUCUUUCCUGUGAUAGUACAUUUAGUUUCAAAUAUAUUAUUUGA